CCACUUCCUCGCCAGCAUGUCUAAACGGAUCCGCAUCUUCACUCUCGAGGACGUCGCCGAACACAGCUCUCCUUCAAGCUGCUGGGUCACGCGUAAUGGCAAGGUUUACGACGUGACGAAUUUCCUGCCGGACCACCCGGGAGGGGACGACCUUAUCCUCAAGUAUGCCGGGAAGGACGUGGAGGCCAUUAUGAGAGAUCCUCUUGAGCACGACCAUUCGGAUUCGGCAUAUGACAUGUUGGAAGAAUGUGCUAUCGGGCGCAUUGGAUUGAACGAGACGAUCGUGAGCGAAGAUUGGGUCCCGGAGAACUUUGAGCCGGAUGAUACCGACCUAGCAGCAGACUAUGAGAAGAACCAGUUUCUCGACCUCCGCAAGCCGCUGUUGCGUCAGAUGUGGGAGGGCAGCUUUUCCAAGUCAUACUACCUGCAGCAGGUGCACCAACCGCGCCAUAUGCCAGAGUCGCCCCGGCUCUUUGGGCCUGCUUACCUCGAGGUCUUCUCGCGAACGGCGUGGUAUGUCGUGCCUAUCUUCUGGCUACCAAUCGCAGGUUAUCUGUACGCCCGCUCGCUGGUUCAAUUCACCCUUGGCAACGGCUCGCUUCCGUUGUUCUCGGUCAGCCCUGCCGCACCGCUCAAACUGCUCAUGACUGUCGGCAUCCCCGCCUCAUCGUUCAUGAAGACGACAUUGUGCUUCUUAUUCGGUAACUUCGUGUGGACAAUCUUGGAGUAUAUCUUCCACCGGUUCCUCUUCCACAUCGAUUUCUACCUGCCGGAUCACCCUGCCGCACUGACAGUGCACUUCCUCAUGCAUGGUGUCCAUCACUACCUCCCUAUGGACCGUUUGAGGCUUGUCAUGCCGCCCGCGAUGUUCUCCGUGCUGGAAUUCCCUAUGACGCAGCUGGCACACGCUCUAUUCCCGCCGGCGGCCGCAAACGGGAUUAUUUCUGGCGCCUUCGCCUUCUAUGUGUUGUACGAUUGCAUGCACUAUGCGCUGCACCACACCAGACUGCCGGCGUAUGUCAAGGAGAUGAAGAAGUACCACCUUGCCCAUCACUACAAGAACUUUGAACUCGGUUUCGGCGUGACGAGCAAAAUAUGGGAUUACGUCUUCAAUACCGCCCUCACGGUGUGACCGGUCACCGGCAUCCUAUGUUCUUCCCUUGGAUAAUAUUAUCGGUCGCUCGUUGUGCGAAGGGGUAUCACAGUCCUUUACCCUACGUAUAGCCGUACCUUACUCUACUACUCCUUGACAGUAUACUGGUCUUCUAGGUUGUCGAGAACGACAUGGUAUGCUACAUUCAUUCCCGAGGUAAUGAUUGUCGGUUCGUAUACGCACCCCACUCCUCUGGUUGUCUGUUCUGUAUGUUAUGUGAACUCUGGACUAUAUAUCGCUAGACCGU